UUAUUAUAGGGAGUUUGACAUGCGUGAAAAAGUCCAUCAACAACUAAAGUGAAAAUAUUUCAGCUGUUUUAUUUUUUGUUUUUCAUUGGGUUUUCUACUGAAAUUAAGUCCGUAUGAAUAAUAGUCCUUUUGAAUCACCAUCUUCAAGUGUCCAAAAUUCGAACGCAAAUACCGAAAGUGAAAGGCCUGUUUCCGAAGCGACACCCCUAAUGGAUGGACAUAUUGGAGAAUCUAGCUUGAGGCACAGCGAACGUCCUGAUCGCUUGGAGCGCAGUUCUAAGAAGAAACGCGAUCGUGCUCCAAACGAAGGAAGCUAUGGGUCACUUGGAGAUGUCCCACCGCUAGCGUCUGGGGAACAAAGACAAAGAAGUGUUCGUGGCGGAAGAGGUGGUAAUAAUCCGUCAGGGUCGGGAGGCAAUUCUAAUGAAAUGCCUGAGGAAGAAGAAGAUGAGGGUCUUAAGUAUGGAGCUCAACACGUAAUCAAAUUGUUUGUUCCUGUAUCGUUUUGUAUGUUGGUUGUCGUUGCCACCAUAAACGCAGUCAGUUUCUAUUCUUCCACUGAUGUCUACUUAUUGUAUACACCGUUCCAUGAGUCUUCUCCAGACCCAGGGACUAAAUUUUGGAACGCUAUUGCUAAUUCUCUUAUUCUGAUGGUGGUGAUUGUCGUCAUGACAGUCUUUCUGAUCGUUUUGUACAAAAAUCGCUGCUACAAAAUUAUCCACGGAUGGUUGAUUGUAUCCAGUUUCAUGCUUCUUUUCAUAUUCAGUUAUCUCUAUUUAGAGGAACUUUUGCGAGCUUAUAACAUUCCAAUGGAUUAUCCAACUGCGAUAUUGAUAAUGUGGAAUUUCGGUGUUGCUGGGAUGAUAUCGAUUCAUUGGCAAGGGCCAUUGCGGCUUCAGCAAGCUUAUCUUAUUUUUGUUGCUGCUCUUAUGGCCUUGGUUUUCAUUAAAUACCUGCCAGAAUGGACUGCUUGGGCAGUCUUGGCUGCAAUUUCAAUUUGGGAUUUGGUUGCCGUACUGACUCCAAAAGGGCCACUCAGAAUACUUGUAGAAACGGCACAAGAACGCAACGAGCAAAUAUUUCCGGCUUUGAUUUAUUCAUCAACAAUCUUAUAUUCUUAUAUGGGAACAUAUAAUCCUAACGACGGUUUAAAUACUAGACCCAAUGCAAUAGCCGCAACUACCAGAAGUGAAUCAUCUGGUUCUUCAGCAAGGCGGUCAGGUAAUGCCAGUAGUGAGCAAGCAACAAUACGUCCUGAAGGUACGCCUCUAGUGACUUUUAGUUCACGCGCAAAUGAUGCAGAAGUUGGUUUCACCCAAGAAUGGUCAUCGAACAUUGAUCAGAGAAUCGCAAGGCGGCAAAUCGAAGUGCAAGCCAGCAAUGGUGGCAGUUCAAGUCGAUCCACUGAGUAUCGCACAGUUACUCACCCCACCACAAUACCAUGUGAGAAUGGAGAAAUGGUUGAAGAACGUGGAAUAAAGCUGGGAUUGGGUGAUUUCAUUUUCUACUCAGUUCUUGUUGGAAAAGCAUCAAGUUACGGCGAUUGGACAACAACUAUUGCAUGCUUCGUUGCAAUCCUAAUAGGACUAUGCUUGACGCUGUUGCUCUUGGCUAUAUGGAGAAAGGCUUUGCCAGCCCUCCCCAUUUCCAUCACUUUUGGUCUCAUUUUCUGCUUUGCUACAAGUGCCGUUGUCAAACCUUUCAUGGAGUCGUUGGCUGCGGAGCAAGUUUUUAUAUAAUAGACAUUAUAGUAUUAUAAGUUUUUCCAAACAAAUAAGAAUAACUAUGAAUUUAUCCUUUGUGUUAGAUACUUUUGAACAAAAUUUAUUAAUGGGUAAUAUUAUACCCCCAAUACCUAAAAAAAAGAUUACACUAUAACCGCCCCUAAGCUAAGGCAAAUUAUUAAUACAUUCGAAACAUAUAAGAAGUACAUAUUAUAUACUGACAUGUAAUGAUAUUUUUUUUUAUUAUUACAAGCUUCUCAGCUAACAAAAGACUAAUAAAAAAAUUCGUUAAAUGAGAACAAGUACUCGUAUAGACA